GCGAGAGUUUGUCAGUCGGCAAAAUGGCGGCGCAGGGCUGUGCGGAGGAGCAUCAGGAUCCGGGAGAGAGGCCUCUCAACGGUGACGGCCCCAUCCCGGGAUUUAGUGACGCGGAUAGCUUCGUGAAGCAUGUUUUGGGAACAGUGGUUUCGACUACCAAAGCCUCCAAUGGACUUCCUCAACCCGGUGAUGAGUUUGACUUUUACCGGAGUUUCCCAGGAUUUCAAGCAUUCUGUGACACACAAGCUGAUCGACUCCUGAGCUGCAUGAGUCAGCUUAUGCAGUAUCAUGGCUGUCGAAGCCAUGUCAGAGUCCGUAACAAAGUGACAGAACUGGAGGACAAAUUUGACUUGCUGGUGGAUGCAAACGACAUUAUCCUAGAACAAGUAGGUAUUUUACUGGAUGAAGCUUCAGGUGUGAACAAGAAUCAGCAACCAGUUCUCCCAGCAGGACUUCAACCUCCAAAGACCAUCAUCUCCAGCUGGAACCGCAAGAAUACUGAAACAAAAAAAUCUAAGUCUGAAACAUUCCGCCUGUUUCAUGCUAAAAACAUCCCACGACCUCAGGUGAAGUUCAAAGAGAAGGUCGACAACUCCAACACGCCUUUUGUGCCAAAAAUCUUCACCAAACCCAAUGCCUUGAAACCACUCCCUGCAGUACUUUUAAACAGACAAAGUCGAAUUGAACGCCCAGAGGAUUUUGAUGUGCCAGCAGCAUUGGCUGACUUUAUUCAUCAGCAGAGAUUGCAGCAAAAUGAACAGGACAUGUUUGCACAUCCAUAUCAGCAUGAGCUGAAUCAUUUUGAACCAUCUGAGCCUGUACUUGCUAAAACAGAACCACAGAUGUACAACCCUCUGUCUGAGACAAACUUCCAGUUAAUCACAACUUUUGAUGAAUUGGUGGAACUGAAUGAAAAACUCUCAAAGUGUAAAGAGUUUGCAGUGGAUUUGGAGCACCAUUCCUAUCGGAGUUUCCUGGGAUUAACUUGUUUAAUACAGCUAUCAACCAGGGAAGAGGAUUUUAUUGUUGAUGCACUUGAGCUGCGCAGUGAAUUGUAUAUCCUCAAUGAAGUCUUCACUGAUCCCUCCAUUGUCAAGGUUUUCCAUGGUGCCGACUCGGAUAUCGAAUGGUUACAGAGAGAUUUAGGACUUUACGUCGUUAACAUGUUUGACACGCACCAAGCCGCACGUGUUCUCAACCUAGGACGGCAUUCACUGGAUUACCUUUUGAAACAAUAUUGUGAUGUACAAACUGAUAAACGAUUCCAGCUAGCUGACUGGAGGCUGCGACCAUUGCCAGCUGAGAUGUUGCAGUAUGCCCAAGAAGACACUCACUAUUUGUUGUAUAUUUAUGACAAGAUGAAGAAUCAGUUAUGGGAGCAGGGAAAUGAACAGGCGAAUCUCGUCCAACUGGUGUGGCAUAAGAGCAGGGAUAUCUGUCUUAAGAAAUAUUGCAAGCCAAUUUUCACAGAAGAAUCCUACCUGGAGCUGUACAGAAAGCAGAAAAAGCAACUGAACACGCAGCAGCUUACAGCGUUUCGACUACUUUAUGCAUGGCGGGACAGCACUUCACGACGUGAAGACGAAAGCACAGGGUAUGUGCUACCCAAUCACAUGAUGAUCAAAAUAGCAGAGGAGCUGCCGAAAGAGCCUCAAGGGAUCAUAGCUUGCUGCAACCCCGUUCCUCCAUUGGUUCGCCAUCAAAUCAAUGAACUGCACCUCCUGAUCCAGCAGGCACGCGAAAUGCCUCUUCUCAAGACAGAAUCAGCACCACUGCAGCAGAAGAGAAGAACUUUGCUAAAGGCAGAUAAAACUGAGAACCUGCUCUUUGGACCUCAUGAUAGUUCCCACUUGUCAGGCAAUGUGCACUUUGUUCAUGGCUCAGUGUCACUGGUACAAACCAGUAAAUUGUUCCCUGAUUUGGAGGAUGACCAUAUGAGCCUAACACUCACCUGUGCCAAAGCAGUAGUUACUAUAUUUGAUGAUUCUCCUUUAACUGAAAAGGAACAUGAAACAUUGACAGCAGCGCAGCAGAAAGCGAGAGCUAUUUUAGAAUCAUUUGAAAACCCUUUCAGAAUGUAUUUACCUUCCAAGGACAGUAAUGUGUACAUCUCACAAGCAGCAAAGUUUGACCCUUCCACCAAGAUCUAUGAAGUCAGCAACAGGUGGAAGUUGCUGAGUCAGGAACAUCUACAGAUAGAGGCCAUCAAAAAGCAAGAACAAACCAAGGGAGCAAAGGACACACCGAAGCCUGAAGUUGUGCGACAACAGAUAAAACAGGAUUAUAUUGCUGAAGUACAAGAGAUCCCUUCAGUCAGACAGCAGGCUGCUAUGGCAGCAGAACAGCAAUCAGUGAAGAGGGAGCGAGCAAAGAGUGGAGCAGGAACUGAAACAGCACCUCCAGAAAAGAAGAAGCCAAAAUCAGGAACAGAGGAGCCAAAAAAUCCCAAAAACGUCAAACCGUUCGAUUACAGCAAGUCCAAUUUCAAAGUUUUUGCAGCUGGCAACAAGUCCAAAGAAUCCACACAGUUUGAUCCCAAUUAUGAAGCAGAUGUGCCUCAUUCUAAGAAAACAGGAAAGAAGAAUCGUCAAUCUGCAGGAAACAGAAGCAUGACUUUCACCAGUAGCAAAUCAGAUAGAGGCUUCAGGCACAGUUGGCCAAAGAGAUAGAGCAUUGAGGUCAGACUGCACUGAUCAAAACCACCUUUGCUACCAAGACUAUUAAUAUUUCCAUGUCAAUAUUAUGUACUUGAUUUGGUUUUAAUUUCUAGAAUUUCUUGGACAUUGUUGCACUGUGAGAAAAGCUUUAUACAAUAAACCUUUUAAAAAAAAUGUUAAAUUUGGUUUUGGUUUGUUAUUAAUUUUAUCACAGCAUUGAAUUGGCACCUUCGGGUAACUGCUGUCCAUGCAUUUAAUGUUUGUUUCUCUGUUAUAAUGAUUGGUGAGAUGUUAAAAAGCUGAUUAACAGCUGCUGAGUAAUUCUGUUUAAAUUUAACAAAAUUUCCAGUCCUUUAUUGAUAGAAGAAAGCUUAUCAUUAACACAGCUUGGCAAACAGUGCUACCAUGUUUAUUACAUAAGCACCAGAAAUACUUGUGUAACCAUUUUGCUGCAGUUGGACUCUAGCUCACAGGAUCAAAAAGUGAUUUGACAGCAUAUCCACCCAUUGAAAGAUUUGACCACAGGAUUUUUAAAUAGCAACUGGUGUUGACAUAUAAAAUAGAGCAUAAAAGGGGGAUGGAAUAUGAAGGUUGAUUGCAAAUGGAGCAGAAAGGGGCAUUUUGAUAGAUCUGUUAUAAAUACAGAUUCUGAUGGUAUUUGUAAACGUUAUCUAAAACAACUGGACCAAGCUAAUACUGUACAAUAUGAAAUUAUUCUUGUCAUGGUGAAAGAUGUCAGCAGAAUGUCUGGUGGCAAAACUAUCAGCAAAUUGGCUUGACAUCUGCUGUGGGGGCAGUGUUAAAGUCUGUGUUAUAAAGGACGUAAUAGCAAAGCAUUCAGAGAUAUAUAACCUGAUCAAGUGGAGUUAGCAUGGCUUUGAGAAGGGGCAAUCACAGCUGACCUCCCGGGGUAACAAAAAUAGAUUCUGCUGCAGUGUAAAUCUACUGCAAAAGGAUUGUGCAGUUGGGUUGGGCAAGUCAAUGGGAAAACAAAAAUGUCGGUCUGAGACCAACCCCUGUCAAUCUUCAGAUAGCGAGGAAUGAAUGUGCAGUUUUUUGAGAAGGUAACAAAAGGUAGGUAGAGGGAGCUGAUAUAACAUUUGAAUUUCCAAAAGGCCUUUGAUAAAGUGUCGCAUGUAAGGUCACUUAAUAGCAUGAACAGAGAACUAAUUGAAGGCAGUUAAAGGGGGUAUUUCAAGGAUGGCAGCCUGAAACUAGUGGAGGGCUACAAAAACAGUACUGGGGCCACAGUUAUUUACAGAACAUAAACAUCGCUCACCUAAGGGAACUGACUACUAAAGCCAAGUUUGUAAAUGGCAAAAAGAAUAGAUGGGAGGGCAAGUAGUGAGGAUGACACGAGGAGUCCGUGGAGGGAUAGACAAGUUGUGAGUCAGCAAAAUCUUGAUAGAUGGAAUAUAAUACAAGAAAAUCUGAAGUUAUACACUUUAGGAAGAAUGCAAGAGCUGAAUAUUAUUUAAAUAGAAAGGUGCAGUAUCGGUGGAUUUAGGCAUACUAGUGCAUGAAGCACAAAAAGUUAACAUAAGUUUGCGGAUAACAAGGAAGGCAAAUGGAAUGUGGGCCUUUAUUUCAAAGUGGUUAUAUUAUUAAAAUUGUGACGUGUUGCUUAAAACUGUUCAAGUCACUCAUCACACCACACCUGGAAUAGCCCUCAGCUAAAGGAAGAUAUACUGAUGUUGGAGGCAGUCCAGAGAAGGCUCAUUCCCUUAAUCCUGGAUAUGGAGGGAUCAUCUUAUGAGAAGUUGAGUAGGUUUUGCUUGUACUUACUGCAGUAUAGAAGAAUGAGAGGAGACCUUAUUGAUAUAUGUAAGAUUCUUGGGGGUAUGGAUGGAUUAGGACUGGAGAGCCUAAUCUCAGUGAAUGUCUCCCAUUUAAGACAAACAUGAGAAGAUUUUUUUUUCUCUGAAGAUAGUGAAUCUGUGCAAGUUUUUUUUAACCACAGGGCUUUUAAAAACCUCCAGGGGAAUAGAAGUUAUUUGAAUAAGGUGGAAAAGUACAGUUGAGAAUUAUCAGAGCAGCUUUAUCAUUGAAUAGUAGAAAUGCCUUAAUGGGCUACAUGGUCUACUUCUGCUCCCAAGUCUCACGGUUGUCUUAUGGUUUUAACAUCUGGUGUUGAUGUCAAAAUAUUUUAGUUCAGAUACAGAUUCAAAGACUUGCAUUUAUAUUGCACCUCUCACUUCUGUAAAUGGAUCUGAAAACGUUAAUACUGAGGAUGCCAAUACCUAAUAUCAUAGUGGUCCUCUUAGUUUCUAACAAUGUCUAUCAUUAUCAAUGUAAUCUGUAACUAAAUUACUAACAUGCAAUGAACUGCUUCUUUAAUACAAGAUGCUGUUCUAGUUAGACUCGUAAUUGGAUUUUCUCCUCUACGCUCAAUUUAAGCAAGGCCUGUAGAUAUCUACAUUUAGAGGAUGGCUGCAACAUACCUACAACAUGACAGGGUGUUUAAGUGCAUAUUCAACAUUUACAAAAACCAGGUGUUUCUAAGUGCUUUACAGUGAGUGAAGUUCUUUUGACUGUAGUCACUGCUGCAAUUCCUUCCUUACAACAAUGCUUAUACUGCAAGGUUCUACUAAUGUAAUUGUAACCAACCAGUUUGU